AUGGCAGACCGCAACCAAAACUAUCCCAACGUGUUCGCCGCCUACCUGGACGGCUGCACCGUAGUGUGCCACCUGGUGGCCGCCUACUGGCCGCCCUUGGCUCGGCUUUUACAAGGCAUGCAUCAGGACACGGGCUUGCACUAUAUGGUCAACAUGUAUCUGACACCGAGCGGUAGCCAGGGCUUUACGAGCCACACGGACAACAAAGAUGGCUUGAUUUUGCAGGUGGCUGGCGCGAAACAGUGGGCGCUCUGGGCCUCAGAUUUUCGCAAUCCGCUCCGCUACCAGACCAUGGGUCGACCACAACAACAGAGUCCAGCCAAGUUCCAGCAAGAGGUCUUAUAUCAGGGGCCCCUCCAUGCGGGCAGCCUGCUUACUGUCCCGCGGGGCAGUAUACACUACGCCAAGAGCCUCGACGACGCGCACUCUUUGCAUUACACCAUCUCCCCGGUCAUGAACCUAGAGUGGUCCGAUGCUCUCCUCUGCAUGCUGGAGCAAGGCAACCGCCCAGAUAUGAUGCCACGCUUCCCCGACCAACAACACAAGUCCGUGUGCCCGCGUCAGAGGUCAACAUGCUGCGCUUGGAGCAAGAUAAAGAGGCUGGACUCGUCAUUUUGCAAGGCGAGCACGUGGAAAGAGACCAGGCGAUGGAAUCGGAUCCCAACUGGAAAAUGGAUAAGCAAGACAGAGGCAAAGGUGGAAGCAGGGACAUUGUCAAUUUUAUCGCUUCCUCCCUGGGACCGGCUCUCACCGCCGUAAUUACGAAUCCCAUUGAGGUCGUCAAGGUCAAUCAGCAAAUGGCGGGCGAGCUAUCAAGGCAACGUGGUCAACACUUUGUAGCCACGCUCCUGGCCAUCCGUGGCGCCGGCGGCUGGACGGCCUUGCAGGCUGGUGUGCAUGCGAGCAUGUUGCGCGAGGGAAGCAAAAACCUUUUCCGCAUUGGCUGCUAUCAACCGAUUCUGGAUUUUUUGCGUGGUGAAGAGAGUCGGACACAAGUGGCUGUGUGGAAGAGGUUACUGGCAGGCGCUUGCUCGGGCUCGAUCAGCGCCUACAUCUGCAAUCCUUUGGACUUGAUCAAAACACGAAUUCAGGCUGGCAAGAGUGCCACGCUUGGCGAGGCUUGUCGCCAAACCGGUGCCUCAGACUGGAGCAAGUGGUACAAGCUCUGGUCGGGUUGCCACGUCAAUGCGGCACGCAGUGCCCUUUCCACCUCUGCCAACCUACCGGCCUACACCCUCACCAAGGAGGCAUUGCUGAGGCACGGUUGGCAAAACGCCAUCCCGGCACACAUGUUGUCAGGCCUGGUCGCUGGAUUCGCCACCUGCGUCGCCUGCAACCCGGUUGACGUGGUGCGCUCGCGCCUGUACAAUCAGGGCGGUGAGGGUGGUCAGGGGCGGCGUCUCUAUGCCUCGGGCUGGGAUGCAGCAGUCAAGAUGAUUCGGCAUGAGUCGCCGCUAGCGUUUUAUAAGGGCUUUUGGGCGCAUUAUUUGCGCGCCGGCCCGCACUUCUUGCUGGCAUUCACGCUCAUCGAGCAGAUUCGCCAAGCGUUUCGUCCACAGUGA